UUGCGUGGUUCAGAUGGGCAUAUAGUGUAAUUAAGGAUAAAAAGCAAUGGAAAAUAAAAACUAAUAGCGAGAUAAUGUUUGAAGUUUUAAUGACACGUAAAUUAUUUUUGAGAGUUCUUUAUGGAAAGCUUUUAUGGAGCGAUGAAGACGAUAUUGAAGGUUUGGUUAAAAGCUUAGUUUACAAGUCCUACAGAUUGAAAUUAUUAAUUGAAGAGAAGAAAAAUUAUAAACCUAAAGUUGGUGAAAAUUAUGAAUAUUAA